GCAGGAGGAGCCCGCGACGUUGCUGCGGGCGGCCCGGGCACGGGGCCGGGGCGCUGCCACCAUGAGGCGGCGCGGCGGGGGUUGUCUCCUGCCCGCGCCUCCGCAGCUCCUGCUGGUGCUGCUGGGAGCGCUGCUCCGCUCCAGAGGUAUUACAAGUAGCACUGAGUGCUCCUGUGGGCGUAAUCAUUUCACCUGUGCUGUCAGUGCUUUUGGUGAAUGCACGUGCAUCCCUGCUCAGUGGCAAUGCGAUGGAGACAAUGACUGUGGGGACCACAGUGAUGAAGAUGGCUGCAUGCUGCCCACAUGCUCCCCCUUGGACUUCCACUGUGACAAUGGAAAAUGUAUCCGCCGGUCGUGGGUCUGCGACGGAGACAAUGACUGUGAGGAUGACUCUGAUGAGCAGGACUGCCCUCCAAGGGAGUGUGAGGAAGAUGAGUUCUCAUGUCAGAAUGGAUACUGCAUUCGCAGCCUGUGGCACUGUGAUGGUGACAAUGACUGUGGGGACAACAGUGAUGAGCAGUGUGAUAUGAGAAAGUGCUCAGAGAAGGAGUUCCGUUGCAGUGAUGGCAGCUGCAUAGCUGAACACUGGUUCUGUGAUGGGGACACAGACUGCAAGGAUGGCUCAGAUGAAGAGAAUUGCCCAUCAGAUGUUCCAGCUGCCACCUGCAGCUUGGAGGAGUUCCAGUGUGCAUAUGGACGCUGCAUCUUGGACAUCUACCACUGUGAUGGUGAUGAUGACUGUGGGGACUGGUCUGAUGAAUCUGACUGCUCAUCUCACCAGCCUUGUCGCUCCGGAGAGUUCAUGUGCAACAGUGGCUUGUGCAUUAAUGCUGGCUGGAGGUGUGAUGGCGACUUCGAUUGUGAUGACCAGUCAGAUGAGAGGAACUGCACUACAUCUAUGUGCACAGCUGACCAGUUCCGCUGCAAGUCAGGACGCUGUGUCCGUCUGUCCUGGCGUUGUGAUGGGGAAGAUGACUGCUCUGACAACAGUGAUGAGGAGAACUGUGAGAACACAGGCACCCCUCAGUGUGCCCCAGACCAGUUCCUGUGUGGGAAUGGGCGUUGUAUUGGCCAGAGGAAGCUGUGCAAUGGAGCAAAUGAUUGUGGAGAUGGCAGUGAUGAGAGCCCACAUCAAAACUGCCGUCCACGAACAGGGGAGGAGAAUUGCAAUGUCAACAAUGGUGGCUGUGCUCAGAAAUGCCAGAUGGUACGAGGGAUGGUGCAGUGCACUUGCCACACAGGUUACAGGCUCCUGGAAGAUGGCCGAUCAUGCCAAGAUGUGAAUGAAUGUGCUGAGGAAGGCUACUGCAGCCAAGGCUGUACCAACAGUGAAGGAGGCUUCCAGUGCUGGUGUGAGCAAGGCUACGAGCUGCGCCCUGACAAACGUAGCUGCAAAGCUCUAGGGCCAGAGCCCGUGCUGCUCUUUGCCAAUCGAAUUGAUAUCCGACAAGUGUUGCCUCAUCGCUCUGAGUAUACGCUGCUCCUGAACAACCUGGAGAAUGCCAUUGCCCUUGAUUUCCACCACAGCAAGGAGUUGGUGUUCUGGUCUGAUGUCACGCUUGAUCGCAUCAUGAGGGCCAAUCUGAAUGGUAGCAAUGUGGAAGAGGUGGUUUCCACAGGGCUGGAGAGCCCAGGUGGACUUGCUAUUGAUUGGAUCCAUGACAAAUUAUACUGGACAGACUCUGGGACAUCUCGAAUUGAGGUAGCAAACUUGGAUGGCACUCACAGGAAAGUGCUUUUGUGGCAGAACCUGGAGAAGCCCCGAGCAAUUGCUCUCCAUCCUAUGGAGGGUACUAUCUACUGGACUGACUGGGGCAAUACUCCCCGCAUUGAGUAUUCCAACAUGGAUGGCUCUAAUCGGCGCAUCAUUGCGGAUACACACCUCUUCUGGCCCAAUGGACUGACCAUUGACUAUGCAGGACAUCGAAUGUACUGGGUGGAUGCCAAACAUCACGUCAUUGAGAGGGCUGACCUUGAUGGACGCAAUAGGAAGGCUGUUAUUAGCCAGGGGCUCCCACACCCAUUUGCUAUCACUGUGUUUGAGGACAGUCUGUACUGGACAGACUGGCACACCAAGAGCAUCAACAGUGCCAACAAAUUCACAGGCAAGAACCAGGAGAUCAUCCGCAACAAGCUCCACUUCCCUAUGGACAUCCACACGCUGCAUCCCCAGCGUCAGCCAGCAGGGAGAAACCGUUGUGGGGACAACAACGGAGGCUGCACUCACCUCUGCCUGCCGAGCAGCAAGGAUUACACCUGCGCCUGCCCCACGGGCUUCCGCAAGACCAGCAGCCAUGCCUGUGCCCAGAGUCUUGACAAGUUCCUGCUUUUUGCCCGAAGGAUGGACAUCCGUCGGAUCAGCUUUGACACAGAUGACCUGUCAGAUGAUGUCAUCCCCCUUGCUGAUGUUCGCAGUGCUGUGGCUCUAGACUGGGACUCAAAGGAUGACUAUGUCUACUGGACAGACGUUAGCACUGACUCAAUCAGCCGAGCAAAAUGGGAUGGAUCAAACCAGGAGGUUGUGGUGGACACCAGCCUGGAAAGUCCAGCUGGACUUGCAAUUGACUGGGUCACCAACAAACUAUACUGGACUGAUGCAGGAACAGAUCGGAUAGAGGUGUCCAAUACGGAUGGGACCAUGAGAACUGUUCUAAUAUGGGAGAACCUAGACAGACCUAGAGAUAUUGUGGUGGACCCUGUUGCAGGGUUCAUGUACUGGACUGACUGGGGAGCUAACCCAAAAAUUGAGCGUGCUGGGAUGGAUGCCUCAAACCGCUUGGUGGUCAUUUCCUCCAACCUGACAUGGCCCAAUGGCUUGGCCAUUGACUACGAGUCACAGCGCUUGUACUGGGCAGAUGCAGGCAUGAAGACCAUCGAGUAUGCCAGUCUGGAUGGAAGAAACAGGAAGGUGCUGAUUGGGAACAAUCUGCCUCACCCCUUUGGACUUACUCUUUAUGGUGAGAGAAUCUACUGGACAGACUGGCAGGCGAAAAGCAUCCAGAGCGCAGAUAGGAGAACUGGGAAGUCUCGGGAAACACUGCAGGACAAUCUGGAGAAUCUUAUGGAUAUUCAUGUUUUCCACCGGCACAGGCCACCAGUACAUACAGCAUGCAAAGUUAACAAUGGAGGCUGCAGUCACCUGUGCCUUUUGGCACCUCUUCCAAAAGGCUACAGCUGUACUUGCCCUACAGGGAUCAAUCUGCAAUCUGAUGGCAAGACCUGCUCCCCUGGAAUGACCAGCUUUCUGAUCUUUGCUAGAAGGACUGACAUCCGGAUGGUCUCUCUGGAUAUCCCUUACUUUGCAGAUGUUGUUGUCUCAGUCAAUGUCACCAUGAAGAACACCAUUGCAAUUGGAGUGGAUCCUCCUGAAGGAAAGGUUUACUGGUCAGACAGCACAUUGCGGAAAAUCAGUCGCGCUGCACUUGAUGGCUCACAAUUUGAGGACAUCAUCACUACAGGUCUGUUGACUACAGAUGGGCUGGCUGUGGAUGCUAUUGGCAGGAAGAUAUAUUGGACAGAUACAGGAACAAACCGGAUUGAAGUGGGCAACCUUGAUGGCUCCAUGAGGAAAGUCUUGGUCUGGCAGAACCUGGAUAGCCCUAGGGCAAUAGCUUUAUACCAUGAAAUGGGGUAUAUGUACUGGACAGACUGGGGUGAGAAUGCCAAGCUGGAACGCUCUGGGAUGGAUGGCUCUGCACGUGUGGUGCUGAUCAGCAACAACUUGGGCUGGCCUAAUGGACUGGCAGUGGAUAAGGCUGGGUCCCAGCUGCUCUGGGCUGAUGCACACACAGAGCGGAUCGAGGCUGCGGAUCUCAAUGGCGCGAACCGCCGCACCCUGCUGUCUCCAGUGCAACAUCCCUAUGGCCUCACUUUGCUGGACUCUUACAUCUACUGGACUGACUGGCAAACUCGCAGCAUUCACAGGGCUGACAAGGACACUGGUGCUAAUGUCAUCUUGGUGAGGUCAAACCUGCCUGGCCUCAUGGAUAUUCAGGCUGUUGACAGGGCACGGCCCCUGGGCUUCAAUAAAUGUGGAGUUCGUAAUGGUGGCUGUUCCCACCUUUGUUUACCUCAUCCCACUGGCUUCUCCUGUGCCUGCCCCACUGGCAUCCAGCUGAAGAGAGAUGAGCAGACAUGUGACUCUUCUCCAGAGACCUACCUACUUUUCUCUAGCCGUGCUUCCAUCCGUCGUAUCUCGCUGGACACCAGUGACCACACAGAUGUGCACAUACCUGUCCCUGAGCUGAACAAUGUCAUUUCUCUGGACUAUGAUAGUGUGGAUGGCAAGAUUUACUACACAGAUGUAUUUCUUGAUGUUAUCAGGAGGGCUGAUCUGAAUGGCAGCAACAUGGAAACUGUUAUUGGUCAGGGUUUGAAGACUACGGAUGGCCUGGCAGUGGACUGGGUUGCCAGGAACCUCUACUGGACAGACACAGGGCGCAAUACCAUUGAAGUGGCUAGACUGGAUGGAAGCUCCAGGAAAGUGCUGAUCAAUAACAGCCUGGAUGAACCUCGAGCCAUUGCUGUCUUUCCCAAGAAGGGGUAUCUCUUCUGGACAGAUUGGGGUCACAUUGCUAAAAUUGAACGGGCAAAUUUGGAUGGCUCUGAACGUAAAAUCCUGAUUAACACUGACCUAGGAUGGCCCAAUGGAUUGACUCUGGAUUAUGACACCAGGAGGAUAUACUGGGUGGAUGCUCACCUUGAUCGCAUAGAGAGUUGUGACCUCAGUGGGAAGCUACGACAAGUGUUGGUCAGCCAGAUGUCACAUCCUUUUGCUCUGACACAGCAGGACAGAUGGAUAUACUGGACUGACUGGCAAACGAAAUCUAUCCAGAGAGUGGACAAAUACUCUGGGCGGAACAAAGAGACAGUCCUAGCCAAUGUUGAGGGAUUGAUGGAUAUCAUUGUGGUUUCUCCUCAGAGACAGACAGGUAGUAAUGCUUGUGGAGUGAACAAUGGAGGCUGCACUCACCUCUGCUUUGCCAGGGCUUCUGACUUCGUCUGUGCGUGUCCAGAUGAGCCAGAUGGGCGGCCCUGUUCUACGAUUCCUGGUGUGGUGCCUCCUGGUCCGGAACCAACCAGUGUAAGUGAGAGGAGUCAAACACCACCUGGCAGACUAGGUACUUCAACAACCAAACCUCUCACAUCUCUGGAAACAGUGGAAGGAAACUGCUCUGACAAAGAUGCCAGGCAAGGCUUGUGUACUCGUGCCAAUGAGGCAGUGUUGGCCACCAUGGGAGAAGGACUGCAUGUCAGCUACAUUAUUGGAGGUUUUCUCAGCAUCUUGUUUAUUUUGCUGCUUAUUGCUGCUUUAAUUAUAUAUAGGCAUAAUAAGUCCAAGUUUACGGAGCCUGGCUUGGGGAACCUAACCUACAGUAAUCCUUCAUAUCGGACAUCUACCCAGGAGGUGAAGAUUGAAUCCAUUCCCAAACCAACCAUGUACAACCAGCUGUGCUACAAGAAAGAGACUGGUCCUGACCACAGCUACACUAAGGAGAAGAUCAAGAUUGUGGAGGGAAUAUGCCUUUUAUCCAGUGAUGAUUCUGAAUGGGAUGACCUUAAGCAGAUUCGGAGCUCCCGUGGAGGGAUCCUUCGGGACCACGUCUGCAUGAAGACAGAUACGGUCUCUAUCCAGGCUAGUUCUGGUUCACUGGAUGACACCGAAACUGAGCAGCUGCUGCAGGAAGAACAGUCUGAAUGCAGCAGUGUUAACACAGCAGCAGCCACUCCUGAGCGGCGGGGCUCACUCCCAGAUACAGGCUGGAAACACCAACGCAAGCCCUCCACAGAGAGCGAGGUCUAAAGUACACGUGACUUUGGAAACCGUUGUACCCUCCCUACCCUCUGCUCGCACAAAAACCACAGGACUCUGCCUGCCUGGCAAGGAAGGGCACAGAGACCAGCCUCUCUUGCAAGGGGCCUGAGACUGGGACUGCCUUUCAGCAUGGAGCUUGGGCAGCUGUGUUGUUGUGUUUGGAGAAGGAGGACGGGUGGGUUGGUUGGAACCCAGAGACCCUUUUGACUCAUUUUCACUGUGUGUGGUUUAUUUAUAUGUUCCCUUUUCCUGGAAGUUGCCACGUUAACUUUCGCAGUGACUCGUCUGGCCUGAAUCUGGUUCAGAGUGUCUGUUCCCUGGCAACCUGCAAGUCCUGUGUCAUCCAGCUCACGGUCAAUGCCCAUGAAGAGAGCAGAGCUGCCUCAUUGCUGGCUCGUGGUCACAGAAGUACCCCUGGUCAUUCCAGCACUAGCAGCACUCUUUGAGGCUUUGUGUUGAGGGGUCUUUGACAUGAGAGAGGUCUUGGAAUAGAUGGGAUAUACUUUGGGGCUCAAGAGGACACUGACACAGCAUCAGGUCACCUUGUAAAGACAUAAAGAGGAUAACCACAGUUGCCAAGACUCACUUCAUGAGAGUAUCACUGCUUACUUUCAUAUCUGCUACUAAAAACUUUAAGGAAUGCUCAGAUUGGAGCACUGUGUCUGUUGCUGGCAGUGGACACUGCUCCUGUUCUCCCCUUUCCUGUUAAAACACGUUUCUACUCUGGAAAAACAAGAGUCAGCAAAUCCCCCUUUCACAACUGUUCCCUGUGGGUACUAGAGUCUGAGUGCUGAACUUCAGACAAGAAGAAAUUGAUAUUUUACUUAGCUCUACAGAGCUAAUGGGGGGAAAUGGAUCUCAGUAAGACCUAAAUUUUACUGAUCUUUGCAUAACUGAUAUAUAAAAAAAGAAAAAGAAAAUUUGCUAGGUCCCCACUAGUCCCAAUUCUGCAAGGUCCCAAUUAGUUUGGCCUUUAGGACCUUUGAUUACCAUAAUAAGGGAAAAGAGAAAAUUCCUAGGUCGAGUCUUUCCCAGGAGAAUGCUCAGUGCUGACAGUUAGGAACUGCUUUAUUACUAGGCUGAGCCCAUUUGACCUAGAAUGGGAGACAAUAAUCAGGAGC